AUGAUGGAAAGUGCUAAAGCUGGAACCCCCAAAGAGCCAGAAAUGAGGCUGGGCAAUCAAGAAGAAACAGAUGAAGGUGACACAAACGAAAGCCCAUUACAGGUUCUGCCCAGCAAUGCGACUCUCCUGGUCCCAAAGUUCUUGGACACAACUCAGGCCAAAGAGAAGGCCUUUGUCCUUGAGGUCAGCAAAACACUCCAUAUGGCUGCAGAGGAGUCUGAGGUCCCACAGCAGGGAAGUGACCUCCCCAAGUCCCCAGAAAUAAGCCUCCAACCCAAGGAGGGUGACAUACCCAAGUCCCCAAAAGAAGCCAUUCGGUCCAAGCAGGACAACAUCCCCAAGUCCCCAGCAAACACUAUUCAACUCAAGCAGGGAAAUAUACUCAAGUCCUCAGCAAAAGUCAUCCAGCCCAAGCAGGGUGACAUCCCCAAGUCCCCAAAAGAAACCAUCCAGCCCAAGGAGGAUGACCUUUCCAAGUCUCCAGCAGCCACUCAGUCCAAGCAAGGCAAUAGCCCUAAGUCCCCAGAAGACAGCAUCCAGCCCAAGGAAGAUGACCUCCUCAAGUACCCAGAAGAAGUCAUUCAACCUAAGCAGGGCAACAUCCCCAUGUCCUCAGCAAAUAACAUCCAUCCAAAGCAGGGUGACAUCCCCAAGUCUCCAGAAAAAUCCAUCCAGCCCAAGCAGGGGGGCAUCCUCAAAUCCCCAAAAGAAGCCAUGCAGUCCAAGGAGGAUAACCUCCUUAAGUCUCCAGAAGAAACCAUUCAGCUUAAGGAGGGCAACAUCCCCAAGUUCUCAGCAAACACCACCCAGCCCAAGCAGAGUGAUAUCCCCAAAUCCCCAGAAGACACCAUCCAGCCCAAACAGGUUGAGUUCCCCAAGUCCCCAGAAGAAGUCAUCCAUCCCAAGAAGGACGACCUUCCCAAGACCCCGGAAGAUGCCAUCCAACCCAAGGAGGAUGACUUCCCCCAGUCCCCAGAAGAAACUCUCCAGUACAAGGAAGGUGACAUCUUGAAGUCUGAAGAAGAAACAAUGGAGCCCCUGGAGGAGGAUCUGGUGAAAGUGAUCUUGAGCAAGGAGGACUUCGAGGCAGCGCUCAAGGAAGCCGGCGAGAAACUGGUGGUCGUGGACUUCUCGGCCACAUGGUGCGUGCCUUGCAAGACCAUCAGGCCGCUCUUCCAUUCCCUGUCUGUGAAACAUGAGGAUGUGGUGUUCCUGGAAGUGGAUGCUGACUUCUGUGAGGAGGUGGUGAGAGACUGUGCCGUUAUGUGCGUCCCCACCUUUCAGUUUUAUAAAAAAGAAGAAAAGGUGGGUGAGUUUUGUGGUGCCCUUAAGGAAAAACUUGAAGCAAUCAUUGCAGAAUUAAAGUAGUCAUAUAUUCUGAAAA